AUGUCCUCUCCUUCUCCUGACAAAGACAAUGACAAUGACAAUAAGAAGAAGAGCCAGACAGUAAUGGGAGGUAUUAGCCGCUUGGACGAAAUCUGGAGACAGCACUUGGAUCAGUACCGCAAAGUGGAUGAUCUGGAGAAACGAGUGGACGAACACGCCAAACGAUUGCGUCGUCGGGUGGUCAAUCUGUUGGAAACCCAGCCGACGCAUCGGCUCUCCCAUUUGCGCCUCUUUGUGUCUCAUGAAGAACGAUCGGUAGCCAGUGAUGCCGUCGUGUCGAUCCACAACGAUGCUUCUGGUACAACGGGCGUGAGUCAAAAAUGGACCUUGACGGUGGAAGGGAAACUCUUGAUUGGCCAUUUGGAUCAUGCCAGUGCCGAGGCGUUUGACCAAGCCCUAAGGGAUAAAUUUCAAGAAAGUCAUGGGGUUUCCGCCACUCAUUCCAGUUUGGCACUGGCGACCAGUCAAAACGUCUCACAGACGUGUCCUACAGAGGAAGAAGAACCGGUCAAGGCGGCUAUAUUUACUCACUUUUUCGACAAGAUGGUAGUCCAAUUCCAAUCUCUCUUUCAGCCAGAAGAAGCGACAGUAUCCGAAGAAGUUUCCGAGGGACUUGUCACUCCGGCCAAACCAGCAGCGCCAGCAGCUAGCACUAACAACAAGAAAAAAUCCCGCAGUGCGGCCAAACGACAAAAGACAGCGACGCAACAACAACAACAGCAAGAAGCUGAUGACGUGGAACCGAGCAAUUUGACCUACUCGGAUCCCACCGAA